ACAACCAAAAAAAUAAAAAUAAAAAAGGAGUAGUAACUCGGAGUGGAGCUGGUAUAUAUAUAUAUAAGUAAAAGUAACGUGGUUGAUUGAGAGAGAGCAAAGCAACAAACUGAGCUGCGCUGAAUGAAUUACUGGUGAGAAAUGGGUCGUUGCCGAACCGCUUCACGCUCCGCCGAUGAUGACCCCAACCACAGACUCAAGAGAAAAAGGGCUGCUUUAAAUGCUGAGAAUUUAGAAACUUCAUCUGCAGGCAUGGGAGUAACCGAUGGCAAGGUAUCACUAUAUCAUUGUAAUUACUGCAACAAAGAUAUUUCAGGGAAGAUUCGCAUCAAAUGCGUUGUGUGUCAAGAUUUUGAUCUCUGCAUAGAGUGCUUCUCUGUUGGUGCUGAGUUGACACCUCAUAAAAGCAAUCAUCCAUAUCGGGUUAUGGAUAAUCUAUCUUUUCCACUUAUAUGUCCAGAUUGGAGUGCAGAUGAAGAGAUGUUACUUCUUGAGGCCAUUGACAUGUAUGGAUUUGGAAAUUGGAAUGAUGUUGCAGACAAUGUUGGAACGAAAAGCAAAGCUCAGUGUAUUGACCACUAUAACGCUGUAUAUCUGAAUUCACCAUGUUUUCCUGUACCUGAUUUGUCUCUUGUGAAGGGAAAGAACAAAGAGGAACUUCUUGCCAUGGCAAAGGGACAUCAAGUCAAGAAAGAAUUUCCUCCAAAUGCAGAGCUGACUCUGAAAGAAGAAACUCUCUUUUCUGAUGGAAUAAACUCUGAAGAAUCUAAGAAGGAAGAAACCACUAAUCAAGCAAUGUCCAGGCUAACUUCAGGUGAUAUGAAUUCAGCAUGCGGUAAAAAAGCUGUUUCAAGUACAAUCAAGAAGGCUUCCAAUGUGAGCCAGAAUAUUGAUGGAGUUAAGGUGGAAGAAACUCAAGUAGGUCGGAGCAUUGGUGAAAAGAAACCUAAAUUAUCUGGGGAAUAUAGGCCUUCUAUGAAAGCGUUGAGUGGGUACAAUUCUAAGAGAGGUGAGUUUGAAAUUGAAUAUGACAAUGAUGCUGAGCAAGUUUUAGCAGAAAUGGAAUUUAAGGACACUGAUACUGAAGCUGAACGUGAAACGAAACUGCAAGUGCUCCGUAUCUAUGGAAAAAGGUUAGAUGAGCGAAAGUACAGAAAAAAAUUUAUACUUGAAAGAAAUUUACUUUCGCCUGAUCCUUUUGAGAAAUCUCUCUCACCUGAAGAGCUUGAAAUAUGUCAACGGUACAAGGUCUUUAUGCGGUUUCACUCAAAAGAGGAGCAUGAGGAGUUGCUUAAAACUAUUAUUGAAGAACACCGGCUUCUCAAAAGAAUAAAAGACUUACAGGAAGCUCGGAUUGCUGGCUGUGUAACUGCUGCUGAUGCAUAUCAAUUUGUUGAACAAAAGAGGGCAAAUGAAGCUGAACAAGGUGACAAUAAAGAUAGUGGUCAGAUUGGAACUAGUGGUAAGACUUCACAGAGGCCAAAUUUUCCCAAAGUAGAGCUUGGUAGUAGCCCACACGGGAUCCAUAAGGGCACUACAGCAUCAUUUCCUGGUAUCAAGGAUGCACCGGCGGCCAUGCAAGCUAUCACAAGGUCGCUAGAAGAAUGGGAUAUUAGUGAUUUUGACGGGGCUGAAUUACUAUCUGAAUCAGAGAUAAAGCUUUGUAACGAGAGCAGAUUACUACCGACACACUACCUCCACAUAAGUCAAACCAUGCAACAAGAAAUUGCAAAAGGCAAUGUAACCAAGAAAUCUGAUGCAUAUCCACUGUUCAAGUUCUCUCCAAGCAAGAUUGACAGAAUUUAUGACAUGCUCAUUGAAAAAGGAGUUGUGCAACCUCAAGCAUAAUGUCUUUUUCUCUAUUCUGUAAUGGUUAUAAGGCCAUUUUUGUACAAUUUUAUUCGUGAUCGGCUUCUUUACCGAUUAUUCUACAAGUGUAUUUUCGCUUAUAGUAGGGAAUUGAGGGAGUACUUUAGAAAAAUAAUUUUUUUUA